CUCAGUAGCUGUGUCAGUGUGGAGUCCUACUGAGAGAGCUAGGUACUGAGAUCCACGAGAUUUCUGACCGUAUUGUGCAGUUUGCAGAGAUGACAAACCCUUGCUACAUUGCGGAUUAUGUUGUCAAGAUUUCGUUUCUUCUGUUUGUACCUGUUGUUACCCUAAAUAAAACAAUAAUACAUUUGGACACAUCAGAGGAUAGAAACUGCGGAGGGAUAUACAACAUCUCGUCUGAAAACGAGAUCAGCUUAGUAGCAAGUGGAAGACUCCAGGGUGGCACAUGCGCGGUGACUUUUCGUAUGGAUAAUCAUGAGAGUUUGAAGUGUGGAAAAAUUUGUAUUAAGAUGACAAUUUCUCUGCUUCAGACUUGUGAUAUGAAAAUGUUUUUCGUACCUGUAGUAUUUGACAAAUCAAAAGUCGAAGCUCCCAAGAGCUAUGAUUGCCGCUCGCCUUUCCCUGACGUCUGGUGUCCUUCGGCUGACGUUUUAUACGUCCUGGUGACGGAGAGCAAUCGGUAUCCCUGGACAACAAAAAAUCACUACAACUUUGAGAUCGACGUCACGCCACAGUGCGUCAUCAAGACAGACAACACGAAAGAAAGAGAAGCUAAAAUUUCUUACAAGUACAAUGAGAAGAAGAGUGCAAGAGAAAAGUGGAUCUACGUAGAGGGCGUUAUUGUCAGUAUUUGCCUCGCUUCCAUUUUCCUGGUGGCUCUAAUUGUCUUGUACUGUUACUACAAAGCUCAGAAGGAA